AUUAAUCACAAAUGAUUAUUUUUAUUAAACUGAACAUAAAUCAAAAUAAACAUUCAAUAAUACCAUAUUUUUCAAUUGAAAUAUUAUUAAAAUAUAUGUAUUUUUUUAAACACAUUCAUGUAUUAAAAUCAAAUUCAUUUGUUUCUUAUCGAGACAUAAAUGUAAAUAAAUAUCUUUUUAUUGAAAAAUAAAAAAUUAUAACCUUUCAUAAAUAACAUAACUGCCCUCUUAGACAUUGGAUGGAAAAUGGUUUGCUGCUCUGAAUGCCAGGCCACCGUUUCCAUGGCGACCUGCUUUCAGACAACAUGGAGUUCUUGCAGUGGGAUUGUGUUUCUGUUGCAAACUGGAUUGAGUCCUUAGGAUAUCCACAGUAUAAGGCUUGUUUCACUGAGAAUCAGAUCAAUGGACGAAAACUCAUUUUUGUAAACUGCAGCAAUCUGCCCAAACUUGGAAUUGUUGAUUUUAAAGACAUGCAGGUCAUCUCUGCCCGUGUGCGUGAGCUGCUGGGGAUCACAGAGACCCCGUGGAGCCACAGCAUCGCUGACCCUCCGCGGGACGCCAUGGCCCUGUUCCUGGAGAGGAAGAGCCGCACCGGCGAGCGCGCAGACAGCCUCACCUACCAGCAGUUUUUGGCUGGGAAGCAUCCGUGUAAUCCCAGCACGACCUGAGAACGGGAAAGAUGCUGAGAUGUGUCAGAGUCACUUCCUGUCAGCAGGAGGUCACAGACCCUGACAUUAACGCCACAAAACUGCUGGUUUAGUGGUCAGUGAGCAAUAAAUGACGUCUUCCGUCAGAUUUCCAUGCUUGUCAGCAU